CUCAUUUCAAGCAAUGCUCCGGAACACUGUUUCGAAGCACUAGUGUGUCGAAAACUCGAUACGUGUGUCGACACGGGGUGUCGAGCAACCCAUCCCUAUUUGUAGGUGAGUUUUGACAGGACUUUAAUGGCGAUACCGUUGACGUACGAUCCAGUGGCCAAUGCGUGGGAAUUUGACCCAUGGGGUAUCCGUAGUGACGUUCAUUGUGUGAGACCAGCCGGGUGAAAAUGGGCCAGAGCCAAAGUGGAGGACAUGGACUAGGAGGUGGAAAGAAAGAUGAUAAGGACAAGAAGAAGAAAUAUGAGCCGCCAAUUCCAACUAGAGUGGGCAAAAAGAAGAGAAAGUCCAAGGGACCUGAUGCUGCUAGCAAACUGCCUUUAGUCACUCCUCACACGCAGUGCAGACUGAAGCUCCUAAAGCAGGAGAGAAUUAAAGAUUAUCUUCUAAUGGAAGAGGAGUUCAUCAGAAACCAAGAGCAGAUGAAACCUUUGGAAGAAAAACAGGAGGAGGAGAGGUCAAAGGUCGAUGACCUCAGGGGUACCCCUAUGUCUGUUGGAACUCUGGAGGAGAUCAUUGAUGACAAUCAUGCCAUAGUCUCCACGUCUGUGGGCUCAGAGCACUAUGUCAGCAUUCUCUCAUUUGUUGACAAAGAUCUGCUGGAGCCCGGCUGCUCCGUCUUACUUAACCACAAGGUCCAUGCUGUUAUUGGGGUGCUGAUGGACGACACAGACCCUCUCGUUACAGUAAUGAAGGUGGAGAAGGCUCCACAAGAGACAUACGCAGACAUCGGUGGACUGGACGGUCAGAUCCAAGAAAUUAAAGAGUCAGUGGAGCUGCCCUUGACCCAUCCAGAGUAUUAUGAGGAAAUGGGCAUCAAGCCUCCCAAAGGAGUCAUUCUCUACGGCCCACCUGGAACAGGUAAAACCCUCCUUGCCAAGGCGGUGGCCAAUCAGACAUCAGCAACAUUUUUGCGAGUUGUUGGGUCAGAGCUUAUUCAGAAGUAUCUCGGUGAUGGCCCUAAACUAGUACGUGAGCUGUUCAGGGUGGCUGAGGAACACGCACCUUCGAUUGUCUUCAUUGAUGAGAUUGACGCUAUUGGAACUAAAAGAUAUGACUCAAAUUCUGGAGGUGAGCGUGAAAUUCAGAGAACUAUGUUGGAACUCCUCAACCAGCUGGAUGGCUUUGAUUCACGUGGGGAUGUAAAGGUAGUUAUGGCUACCAACAGAAUAGAAACCCUUGACCCUGCACUUAUUAGACCUGGUCGUAUCGACCGUAAAAUUGAGUUCCCAUUACCGGACGAGAAAACAAAGAGAAGGAUCUUCCAGAUCCACACCAGCAGAAUGACUGUUUCAGAAGACAUGAACUUGGAUGAUCUCAUCCUGGCAAAGGAUGACCUUUCUGGAGCUGAUAUUAAGGCCAUCUGUACAGAAGCAGGGCUCAUGGCCCUUAGAGAACGGCGGAUGAAAGUUACAAACGAGGACUUUAAGAAGUCCAAAGAAAAUGUUUUGUAUAAGAAGCAGGAGGGUACCCCAGAGGGGCUAUAUCUCUAAUCUUUCUCCACUUCUCAUUUCUUUGUGCAUAUGUUCCCUUCUGAGUGUUUGCUUGGCUAAAUUUUGCGCAUGCAAGUUCUUUUUCUGGCAAUAUAUUUUUGUGUCUUUGUGAUUAUAAAAUAAAUACUGGAACUGUA